CAAUCCCUUGAUCUACAGUCUACACGCACGCCCCCCGUACCUUUUAAUCUGCUUUCCAUGAAACCCUUUACUCUUUUCUUUUGAAAAAGGCAGCAGAUACUUGCUCCAAAGCAAGUCUUUUUAUUCUUUUUUUUCUGCUGACAAAAUCUUUAUACUGUUGAUUCCCCCUUGUUUAACAGGCUUUUGAAAAUACCCAACAAAAGGUGGACUUUGACUUGGCUAUGAUGAAGACUUUGACUUUAAUUUGUGAAAUUUGUCCCCAAUUUCUUUGAUUCCUUCUGUGGUGUGUGGUGGGGUCUUGUUUUCACCCUUUAUGGCUGUUGACUAUGAGCAUAUAUUGACCUCAACAAUCAAACCCAUAUUGGAUUUCUGGUGAAUUUAAGCUUUACAAAGAACUGGUAUGAGGGAUAUGGAUGAAGACGUGGCAAAAGAUUGGAGAGAAGCUGUGGAGAAGAUGCUUCCUCCCGGAACCACACUGCCCGAGGACGAUCUCGAUUACUCGAUCGCGUUAGAAUACAUGGGUCCGGAUGUAUCUUACGAGCUUCCUAGGAUAGAACCGUUAGAUAUAAACACCCGUUCAAUCCCGACUGCAUCCUUUGCCGAAUCGUUCUCUGGUUCAAGAAGAUCUGUCACCCGCAACGGCCCGGGCCCCCCUGUAAUCGACCCUAUCCCGUUGCCUGUUUCGUAUAUUGCAGGAGUGACGGAUUCACCGAAUCAAAGUCCGAGAUUAUCGGGAAGCUCGGAAUCUGUAAGCUCGGUUUUGCAUAACGCCGAUUCUUAUUCAGCUUCCCCGUCGGGUUCUCCUGGUUCAGUUCAUAACCGAGAUGACGCUCACGGGAAUGAAGUGCGGCGGGGCCCUGUGGUGACUUUCAACACGGUUGAUAGAUCAGAAAGGGAAGAAGUCGGGUUAGAGAGGCCGGGUUAUUCAGAAUACGUUGCGGUUACUAGAGAAAAGAAGAAAAAGACGCAAAAACGACGAGUUUGUUAUCGAUGCGGCAAAGGGAAGUGGGAAACGAAAGAAUCUUGUUUAGUUUGUGAUGCGAAAUAUUGUAGUAAUUGUGUUCUUAGAGCGAUGGGAUCGAUGCCUGAGGGUCGAAAGUGCGUUACGUGUCUUGGUGAGGCGAUCGAUGAGUCGAAACGUCUUACUUUGGGGAAGAAUUCGAAGUUAUUGUCUCGUUUGCUUAGUCCUUUGGAAGUUAAACAGAUAAUGAAAGCGGAAAAGGAAUGCUCUGCUAAUCAGCUUCGGCCCGAGCAGUUAAUUGUGAACGGGUAUCCUCUUAAACCCGAGGAAAUGGCGGAACUUAUGGGCUGCAUGUUACCUCCACGAAAAUUGAAACCCGGAAUGUAUUGGUAUGACAAAGAAUCUGGUCUUUGGGGAAAGGAGGGCGAAAAACCCGAUAGAGUUGUGAGUUCAAAUUUGAGUUUUACCGGGAAACUUAGCCCGAGUGCAAGCAAUGGAGAUACGGAAGUUUACAUGAAUGGUAGAGAAAUUACAAAGCUUGAGUUGCGAGUGUUAAAGGUGGCACAUGUGCAAUGUCCCCGCGACACUCAUUUUUGGGUUUAUGACGAUGGCCGUUACGAGGAGGAAGGCCAAAAUAACAUCAAGGGAAAUAUUUGGGAAAAGGCUAGUACGCGGUUGCUUUGUACAUUGUUGUCGUUGCCCGUGCCACACGGUCAGCCGCAAAGAGAGAAGGAUGAACCCAGCAAUUAUGCCACUGUUCCUAAUUACUUUGAGCCGAAAAAAAUUCAAAAGCUUUUGUUACUUGGACUUGAGGGCUCCGGAACCAGUACCAUCUUUAAGCAGGCGAAGUUCUUAUAUGGCAACAGAUUCACUGAUGAAGAGUUGCAAAAUAUUAAGCUUAUGAUACAGAGCAACAUGUAUAGAUACCUUAGCAUUCUGCUUGAUGGACGAGAGCGCUUCGAGGAAGAAGCAUUGAUGAAAAAGAAUUCCCAUGAUCAAUCCAAUGACACAAGCAACGAGGGCAAUGAUGAAGAAACUGAGGUCUGUGUCUACUCCCUUAACCCGAGAUUGAAGCAUUUCUCUGAUUGGUUACUUGAUAUUAUCGCGACUGGAGAUUUGGACGCGUUCUUCCCUGCUGCAACACGCGAGUAUGCUCCACUCGUUGAAGAGGUGUGGAAGGAUCCCGCCAUUCAGGAAACUUAUAAAAGGCGAAGUGAAUUACAUUUCCUACCCGAUGUUGCAGAGUACUUUUUGAGCCGGGCGGUUGAGGUUUCUAGCAAUGAAUAUGAACCUUCAGAGCAUGACAUAUUAUAUGCUGAAGGAGUCACCCAAGGGAAUGGCUUGGCUUUUAUUGAAUUCUCCCUUGAUGAUCGUAGCCCGAUGUCCGAGACAUUUACUGACAAUCUUGAUGCUCAAUCGCAACCUCUUUCCAGAUAUCAACUCAUUAGAGUAAACGCCAAAGGAAUGAACGAAGGUUGUCGAUGGGUAGAAAUGUUUGAGGAUGUUCGAGUAGUCGUGUUUUGUGUUGCCCUAAGUGACUACGAUCAAAUGUGGCUAUCACCCGACAACACGGGAAGCGGGUCCCUACUUCAAAACAAGAUGAUUCAAAGCAAAGAACUAUUUGAAGCGAUGGUCAAACACCCGUGUUUUAAAGACACUCCAUUUGUCUUAAUUCUAAACAAAUACGAUCUUUUCGAGGAGAAACUGAAGCAAACCCCGCUAAGUGCAUGCGAGUGGUUCACGGACUUCAGUCCGGUUCGACCCUACACCAACAACCAUAACCUAGCCCACCAAGCGUACUACUACGUGGCGGUGAAGUUCAAGGACCUGUAUGCAUCUCUGACCGCCCAAAAGCUUUAUGUGUGGCAAGCCAAGGCCAGAGAUCGUGUGACGGUUGAUGAAGCGUUUAAAUACAUAAGAGAGAUUGUAAAAUGGGAUGAUGAGAAAGAAGAUACGUAUUAUGGUGGGCCCGAGGACUCGUUCUAUAGUACAACUGACGUGAGCUCGCCACCACAUGUUAGGCAAGAAUGAAGUAAGGUGAACUAUCUUUGAUUUGUGUUUGUUGUUGUGUAGAUAAGAUGGUGAAUAAGUUAUCAUAUUUAUUCGGAUUUUUUACGAGUUAGUGGAUGUGUUUACGCACUUGGGAGUUUAACAAUUUGAUCCGAGUGUGGUAUAGCUCUUGUGUAAGUUAAUAUGAGAAGCGUUAAGACUUAAACGAAGUUUAUUAUAUGCUCAA